CCCUCCCUCCCCCAUUCCACACACAUCAGCAGCUCUCCUCCUUCCACACACAUCCCAGACUGGAGGAGUGAGCAGAGACAACACAGCAAGCUGUGCCCUACAAGUAGAGGGGGACACCAGGGGAUGAGGUGAGGACAGAGGAGGAGAGGACAGAGGGAGAGCUGGAUGGAAGAAGGACAAAGAGAACUAAAGAAGGAGCAGACAGAAGACAGCAAAAUCUCCCCAACCUCAGAGGAUCCCAGACAAAGCCAAUCCAUCUGCCUUGCCCAGCUGUGUCCAGGAGGAGCUGGGGUACUUUUGGUUGAGACCUUGAAGUCUUCAUAGAGCAAGUGAUGAGUGCUUCCCAUACAGCUAAUGCUCCUUUGACACCUUGUAUGGAAGGCCUGCCUCCACUACCAAAGAGCCUUAGUGGUCUGCUCAAUUCAAGCGGUGGUUCAGGGUGGAGAGAUCUGGAGAGAGUGUAUGCGCAGAAGUCCCGUAUUCAGGAUGACUUAAGUCGUGGAGGCUCAGGUGGCAACUCUCAUUCAAUACCAAAGCCGCCCAACCUUGAUGCUGCAUUGGCUUUGCUUAGGAAAGAGAUGGUUGGGCUAAGACAACUCGACAUGUCUCUCCUGUGCCAGCUAUAUUCCCUUUAUGAAUCCAUUCAAGAAUAUAAAGGCGCUUGUCAGGCUGAUUCCAGUGCAGAAUGUUCAUAUGCGAUGGAAAAUGGAUUUUUUGAUGAGGAAGAAGAGUACUACCAAGAAGCCAGUGCCCUUCAUAAGGGUGGUAGAGAAGACUCGGAAGGAAACCUUGUUUUGACUGUACCUACCCUUUCCAAUGAGGAUUGGAUACUUGAGAACAUUUAAUGAAGGAGCUGGAUAUUUCCCACCUUGAUUUUUUUUUUGUUUUUCAGCCAUUUUUUGUAAUAGGAAAGUGGUUUAUUAACCAUAACAUAAACAUUUUCAGGCAUGCUUUUUAAAGAGUGCUCUGUUCCUGCUCACCAUUGUGGGCAAUAAUGUUGCUAUAAGCAACUUGAAAGAAACUUUCAAGUGCCUUUGACAUCCGAAAGCACUUAACUGUGAGCAAAGACUAGACAAAUACCUUUUUAUAAUGUGUUACAUUGGAGACUUAAAGUAAUAAUAUUUAAUCAUACAGGCUUCCAUCAUCUGCCUUAACUAGUCUAUUAAGCAAUGGUGUAAACCUUUAGUUCUUACAUAUACCAAGUUUAAUAAUUUCAUACAAUAAAUUGGUAAGGUCAUCCAAUGAAUGUUCAGACAUAUCACUUGCGGUGAAAUCUAGGCUUGUUAUUACGUAACAGUGCAGGUUCUUUAUGUACUGACGUUCAAAACUAGGUGCAAUUACCUAAUAGGUGGUUAUUUUUAAUACUUAGUCUCCGCCUAACACGUGUUUUUAAAGCCAUUUGCUAAUACAGCAUUAUAUUAUAGCUAAUUAUAUACAGUGUAACCAUAGAUGUAAUUCAUUUUGGAUGAGUUGCCUAUAGCAAAUAGUAGAGGACUCUAAGUAAAACACAAAAUUUAUUAAUGCAUAUCUUAAACGAAUAGCUAUGUAAAAGCGUAAAGCACAUAGGUACUGGAUAGACCAUUUGUAAAGGAUAACAGUGUACUUAUGCACCUGGAGCAGGGACUGCAAUUACAUCCAGUUCAGCUCUAUUUAUGAACCACCCCCAUCAUCAGUAAGAAACUGAACCUCAGCUGCAGAUAGCUGGUUAGUAAAUUGUAACCUUCAGUAAACUACUGAUAAAUUCCAGCUGGAAUGGACAACCCUACAGAUUUAGAAAUUCUUACAUGUUUUUCUUUUCAAAAAAUAACCUACAUUUUACCAUAGCAUCCACAUGAGGUUUAAUGGGUGGUAAAACCAGAAUAUAACUACAGGGAUUAGAAUCCAUACCAGUAGUGUUAAGCUAGACCAGGGAUCUCCUAACUUUAAAAAAAAAAAAGGGCCAUUUUUUUGUCCUUCAGACUUUAGGGAGGGCCGGACUGUUGGCACCGGGAGUGGAAAUUUUCCUGGCAUCAGUGGGAGUAAACAUAACAUUUGAUAUUGGGUGGAGGAAUAGAGCCCUGUCGUUGGUAUCAUUGGGAGGAAUAGCGCCGCAUUGUUGGUGUCAAUGGGAGAAAUGGUGCCUCCAUUACUGCUGGCAGAACCGUGUCUUGUAUUAGUGAGAGCAAUAGUGCCUGAAGGGUCGGAUAAAGGCAAGCAAAGGGCCACAUCCACCCCCCAGGCCGCAGUUUGGAGACCACUGGGCUACACAAUACAGACUUGGAUUCUCUCGUUCAUCACACAGGCUGAACAAGGGAAAAUUCAUAGAUUCCUUCAUUUAAGCUAAACAUGGAUAGAGAAGUUUCCCAUUAAAUUUAGGCUGGUGCAGCACCUGCAGCUGCUUAAAUACCUAAACAGUGACUGCAUCCAAUUUAGAUACAGUCACUGUUUGGCCAAUUUUCCACACAGCUAAGUCCAUUUUAAAAUUUACUUUUUGUCAUGCCUGGUGGUGCCAACAGAGCCACCAUGGCUCAAAUUUCAGGAAUCGGCCAAACUUCAAGCCACCUAUGGCCGGCUUUACAUACAUGGUCAACUCUUUUUUACUUAUUUUCUAGUUUGGUGAUCAUGCAUCUUCACUCAGGAAAUGCUCAUAAUGGUAAAAUAAAGAAGCCUUCCUUAAAAGAACAUAUUUUUUUUAAACAUAAAAUGCAGUGUGUAAAUUGAGCAAGAUUGUUAUCGGUUUUCCUUUUAGCUAGGAGUUCUGUUUAUAUAUAAAUAGAUAUUGGCAAUAUUUGAUAACCUCCAAAAUAUGUCCCUCUCUGUUGCAUCAGUGUAAAAAAAAUAACUCACACCGUGGCUAAACAGAGAUGUGCCACUGUAUCAUGGGAGUUCAGUUUAGGUCUCUGCAAUGAAUCAGACUGGGAGGAUGGCUUAUUCACAGAAAAUAUAUAAAAAAUAUUCUACACAUAGAGACCGGUGGCAACGGAUUAUUAAACGUAUGCCCCUUUCUCCUGAAAAGUAGCCAUAUUGGAUCUAAAUAUGCUAUAGGGGCUCUUCUGUUAGUUGCUUCCCCAAUAUUUGGCAACCACCUUCAUAUAAGAGGGCAAUUCUUUCAGAGAAAUCUGUGAUAUUUUUAUAGGUAUCAGCCUCCAUCUGUUCUAUUUUAAAUUGAACAAGUAAUAAGAAAUCAUGAAGCUGCUUUUGCUAGCUUCCUUUUGGCAAUUUUUAGUGGCUUGGCUGUUAAUCUGACCCAUUGACUUUACUUUUAAGUCACUGACCUGGAAAGCAUGUGCAGAAAGUGCAUGUUAAAGUAAGGUUCCAGGUCAUUGAUUCAAAUGAUUGAAACAAAAAAAUUCCAGUAUGACAGCCAGACGGCUAUCAUUUUCAGAAGGAAAUGUCAAAAGUGGCAGCUUUCUCGUUUUUAAGACUUGGUUCACACAUGUGCCCGGCUGGUUUGCAGUGCGCUUUCAAACCCCGGUCCAGUGCUAUUUCAGUGGUUCAGGUGUGAAUCCAAUUGUAGUGUAUGAGAUUGGAAAUCAUACCUGAACCAGACUGAAAUUGCACUGUGGCUGGCCCGCACGUGAACAGGCUGUAAAGUAUAUCUAAACCCAAGAACAAAAUUAUGGUUUCAUUCGUUUUCUAUUUCUAGGCUAGGUACAUUUUUGCAAAUACAAUAAACCACCUGUUGAUCCUGAUAGAAAAUCACUCUCCUUGUACCUUUCUGUAUACUGAAAUUUCAAACAAUGUUUUCUGCUUUCCAAGCUGUUUUUUGUGAGCAACACAACCCUUCCUCCCUAUGUACUGGUGAUAAGGAGAAUGUAGGAGUUUGUAGUCCACAUCAGGAGAGCAGCCUAGGAUGACAAUGUUGUUCCUCUGUAAAUACAACGGAGUGAAUAAUCAUGGUCACCCUAGGACAGGAUCGUCAGGAGAAAAUAAAGGAAAAAAGUGUUGGAAACUGAUGUAGCCAUUGCAUCUAAGGACUGUUAAACUGCAAUAUAUAAAAAAAAAAAGUUUUUUGGUUUAGAUAUGCUUUAAGCAAAGAUAAAAACCAAAUUGUGAUACUGAUGUGUGUGCACAAGCCUUUCCAUGCACAAGUCACUUGCCACUCUUUAUUUUUAUUGCCUUACACGUACCUCACAUAAGCACCAUUAGGCUCGAGCACUGUUAGUGUGCGGCUCAUUGUUGCUUUUUCUUUGUUAUGCGGACUAUUUUUAUUUUGAUCAGUAUUUAAUGAUUUGAUACAAUGGUUUGACACUUUAAUGCAUAUGCUGCUUGCUUUUUUUUUUUUUCCCUUUCUUUUUUUUUUAUGCACUUUUUUGUGUUUGUGUGCUGGUUCUGACUUGUUAUACACAUAGCCUCACAUAUCCACAGAUCCACACGUAUCAGUUUGUUGUAGAAAAAAAUAUUUGUUAAAAUUCAUAGAGAUGCAAAAAAAAAAAAAAUCACAUUGAGCCUGACUUUUACAAGUCAAACAUUUAUAUUUAUGUUUUGGGACCUUAAACAUUUCUAUCAACUAAGACAAAACACUUAUUGUUUUAUUAUGUUAACUACAUGUAUAUUUAUUUAGGAAUAAACUGUCAUACAUUUUCUCUAAUAAAAAAAAUGUGUACACAA